CUGAGAGGGGAGUGGGCGGGUUCUGACUGCCGGAUCUUGCUUCUCUUAGGCCGGUUGCGGGAACCGGGUCGCGCGCGGGACUGAAGGUCUCUUCCCUUCAGGGCAAAAGAAUGCAGACAAUAAAGUGUGUGGUUGUUGGAGAUGGGGCUGUGGGAAAGACUUGCCUGCUCAUCAGUUAUACCACCAACGCAUUCCCUGAGGAAUACAUCCCCACAGUGUUUGACAACUACAGUGCUCAGAUGACAGUGGAUGGCAGGAUGGUUAGCCUGAAUCUCUGGGACACUGCAGGCCAGGAGGAGUAUGACCGGCUUCGCACUCUUUCCUACCCUCAGACCAACGUGUUCGUGAUCUGCUUUUCCAUUGGGAGCCCUUCUUCAUUUGCCAAUGUGCGGCACAAAUGGCACCCAGAAGUCUCUCACCACUGCCCUAAUGUGCCAAUCCUUCUUGUUGGCACAAAGAGGGACUUGAGAAGUAACAUGGAGACGGUGAAAAAGCUGAAGGAGCAGAGCCUGGCUCCCACCACCCCACAACAGGGGGUUUCACUGGCCAAACAGAUUGGAGCGGUCAAAUACUUGGAGUGCUCCGCACUGAACCAGGAGGGGGUGCGAGAAGUGUUUGCAGAAGCCGUGCGGGCAGUUUUGUAUCCUGUGACAAAGAAGAACUCAAAGAAAUGCCUUUUGUUAUAGUCACCAAGAACUGUGGCUCAAAGACUGAGGGCUUAGGAUGUUUUGGAGGCUCCUUCUGAAUCUAAUUGCAUCUUGCACUAAUGGCUCUAAAGAGAAUUCCUUGCAGCAAAUAUACCUGCAGUUCAAGAAUCAGGUCCAGUAGACUGAAAUGAGCAGUUUGAUUCCCCGGUCAAGAAUCAGCCUCUCCAGCGAAUGUCCAGUGACUGUGCCUACAUUGUUCUCAUCUCUACAGCUGGGAGUCAUUUUUUUAUAGCUAAACCCCUUCUCCACACCAGAAACUGAAGACAUGAGUCCUUCUCGACAGAGACAAUGGUCACUUUUGCUUUUUUACAUUGCUGCUUUUUCCUGGCUAUUAUUCGCCAACCAGCUGUCUUUUGUAGACAGGGCUGUGCCUUUCCCAUAAUUGAGUCAGUUUUGUCAUACUGUACUCAAAUGACUUUGGAUUGUGAAGUAUCUCUGUUGUGGCAAAUGAGUCCUAGUAUGCUGAAGUCUGUUUAUGAUAUAGACAAGAUAAAAGUUAAAACCAUGUGUGAUAACAAGACAUCAGACACUGAGGGAUGGGUACCUCAUAAAGAGGGUUGUUUAAUAAUAUCAGUCAAGCACUGUCUCUCUGUGUGAUAUUUGUUGCAUCUUAGGGGGAUAGAUCUGACACUGGUAGUUCUUGUGUGCGACUUUCCUUUUGGAGGCUAUCCCUGAGCCAUGUCAAUGAGCCAAGACAGUUUGUGAAAACUUUUCCUUACAGUCUUUUUGAUUUAGCCUUUUGUGGAGCAGAGUGAGAUUUCCUUUCUCGUUUAUUGCAAGGCCAUCGUCCUGCUGCAUCUACUCGAGGAAGCAUCCCUGCUUGCUCAUUAGUCCCCUCAGCAAAAACAGUAGGGAGACCUUGAGCAAUUGUUCUUUUAACAGUACUUGGCAUUGCUGGAUGUUUACUGUAUCCAGCUUCACUACAUGUGCUCUUAAAUUUUUAUGUUCAAAUAUCUUAGUAAUCUGUCUGCAUCAACAGUUCUUGUAUUGGGCUUCAGUGGCAGCAACCAGCCCGCAGUGUAGGACAAACAAAAACAAAACCGCCCGGAAACCACACAACACCCCAAAAACAAAACAAAUGGAUUGUUCAUUUUCUCUCACUCCCGUCCCUCUGACCACUGAUUCUGCAAGUAGCAGAAUUUCUAUGUCUGAUCAUAGAUUGGUUUUUUUUCUCCUGCUGGUAGGGGUCAGUAACUUCUUGCCAAAUAAGAUCUGCCUUUUAAACAUUCAGGUGUACAUGGCAUUAAAAAUGCUGCACUGAUUUGAUAUUAUGAUUUUAAAUUUCUCUUGAACUUGGGUAACCUAUACAGAUGCAUAUAUAUAAGCCGGGUUUAACUUUGAAAUAUUAACUUUCCCUUCUUAAAAAUAAUUAUGCAAAUAUGUGUCUCAUGAAUCUCUGUUUAGCAUCAUUGAUUUAAUCUUUGAUUAAGGAACUCAACACAAAGUCUGAAACCUUCAGUUAAGAUUUUGUUGACUUCACACUCUUCUUUUCUGGAUAAGGGUGGGUUGCUCAAACUGAACAAAUGAGUUAAUGGCUGUUCUUGAGGAUGUAUUAUGGGAAUCCUUUUUGUGGUACAACCCAUGCAGAAAAGAAUUGUAUUGUUAACGGCUUUUACGACUGAAUCAACUGGCUACUGUGGGUUUACCAGACUGUGUGGCCGUGAUCUGUUAGUUUUUUCUCCUAACAUUUCACUUGCAUCUUUAGAGGCAUGUCAUGGUGACAUCUCACUGUGACAUGCCUCUGAAAAUGCCAGCCACAGACCGGGGUAAAACAUUAGGAGCAAAAAUGAGCAGACCAUGACCAUACAGCUUGGAAAACCUACAACAGCUAUAGAAAAGAAUGGCUAAGAAAUAGAGCUGAUUCUGCCAUGAAAUUUGUCAUGCCAUGAAAUGAUGAUUCCAGCUGCAGUCCUUAUGCUUGUUGGUGGAGAGCAAAAUUUGAAUUUGUCAGAAAUGGGCACUCUGGAAUUCGGCUAUUUAUGAGCUGUUUUUCCUGUGUAGGUGUCAGUCAGGUGAGUAAUGAAGGACCAAUAACUUGUGUAAACUCAGCAUCCUUCUCAUUGUCAGUAAUUUUGCAGUUCUGUAAUUUGACGCUAUCUCAGCCAGAAGUUUUAUAAAUAAAAUGUCACCCCACCCACUCAUAUGUGGGGUUUUUUGCCCUUGAUCUAACUAUUCUCAUAGUACAUAGUAGAGGAAAAUACUUUUUUUAAAUGACUAGGAAUUGCAACUAGCUACAGUUUGCUCUCACCAUUUUUUACGGAAUUAUUUUUUAAUUUUUACCAGGUGAAUCAUUUCUAUUUUUGUUAGGCUGUGAUGCUCUGAGUUCCAGAAGUGCCAUAGACUAAACUUUGUAGAUCAAUAGCUUUUGAUAGGUUAGUGUAGAACUCAUGGGCCUUAAAACCUUGCAAAGCCUUUAUUCUCUCUUGGAUUUCACACUGCAUAUUUAUUACAAGUUGCAGUCAUUAUAAAUGAAUUCGUUAAAAAAGAGUUCAUUUAUAACGAUUGCCACUUAUUAUAAAUAUGCUUUCCAAAAUCCACCUGUGUCUUGUAGAAAUACAUCUCGGUGCUGCAGAUGCUGAGGAGGAGAUCUUUUCCUGGUUGAAUUAAAGUAGGGGAUGGGUGGGCCACAUGUGCCUUAAUGUGUGAAGGGAAUUUGAGACUGUGUGGUACUGAAAUAUACACUGGCAACUGAUUUUAUAGGUAAAAACAAAUUUGUAUGGCAACUAACAAAGUUAUUUUUAAAUUAUGCAGAAUUAAAUUGUAAUAAACAAAGAAAAAACCAUAAAA